AUGAGUAAUUACGAAGAUGACCAAAGUGAAGAUGGAGAACUUGCUCGUAGCCCAGUUCAAGAUGAAAUGGAUUUCAGCUUGUCUGAUGAAGACCGCGACAAUGCAGAUGCCUUGGUUAUAAAACCUCCACAAGCAGUUAUUAGAUCACACAGAGACAAAAGAAACCACAAGCGUUCUGUUAAAGAACGAUACAAGGAGACAGUGCGAAAGGAAAAAAAACUUUACAGGGACCGCGACAAGAUGGAUAAGGUAAAACGUGAAGUUAGUAAUAAUUUAGAACGAGAUGACUUGCCUAAAGAUUACUAUAGAGAUAAACAGUACUAUAGGGAAAAGGAAGUUUACAGAGAGAAGGAUGUAAGGGACAAAGAUGUGUAUAGGGAAAGAGAAGCAAGGGAUAAGGAUGUCUAUAGAGAUAAAGAAGUCUAUAGGGAUAAGGAGCCAUAUAGAGACAGAGACCAUUACAGGGAAAGAGAUGUUUAUAGAGAUACAACUUAUAGGGAUAUUACUAGGCCCCGAGAUGCUUACAGGAAUAAAGACUUGUAUAAGGAUAAAGAGCCACAAAGAGAGCGUGACUUGUAUGCUAAUAGAGACAGACAAUACAAGUACCCUGAAGCUGAAAGGAAACAUGUAGAAACAGAAAAAAUUGAAACAAGACUAAGAAUGCUUGCUGAUGAGAGUAGAAGUUCCCAUAAUCAUGAAAAAGAGAAUAGAGACAAAACAUCAGGUGAUAAAGAAUUGGAAGAUUUAAGGAGUAGAUUAUUAAGUAAAAGGAUGACUAAGGAGCUUCAAGGUCAAGAUAUAAAAAAAUACUCCGAUUACGAUAAAGAUGGGAAGUCUGAUUCUAGUAGUAGACAAGCUUCUUAUGAUAAAUUACAUUUAGAGAGAAAAAAUAGGUUAAUUGAAGCAGAGAGAGAAAUGGUGAAAAGAAAACAUGAGUCUAGAAGUGAACUAGAAGCGCGCCGUGAGGAUCGCAGAAGACGUGGAAAGAAACGUUCUGUCACACCUGACGAAGGUGGUAGUAAAAAAAGCAAAACAACACAAUCUCCUAACUAUGGUGAUUCAGUUGUAGAGGUUUCAGAUGCUAGUGAUAUUGAAAUGAAGAGUGUGUCUCAAUCUGAACCAGAAGAAGGUGAACAUUCAAAUACUGAAACUGAUGAUGACAGCUCAUCUACUGAAUCUGAAUCAGAUGUAAAAUCUGAGGAAGAAGUAGAAGAAAAGACCAAUCUUGAAAAGCCUAAGCUUCAAGCUAAGUCUAAAUCAAAAUCACCUACCCCAAAAUCAUUACAUGCAAGCCCAUCAUCUCAUGAAAGUCGAAGGUCACAUUCAAGAUCAAAGAGCAGAAGUAGAUCACAUUCCUUUUCACCCCCUCCACCAGACGAGAAUGGUAAAACUCCAAUUGAAGAAACAAAACCAGCAGAUGAUGAGAGUGCUAGAUUGAAAGAGGAGGCAAUAAACUCUUUGCCCCCCUACUUUCCUGCAUUGCAGGGUUGUCGCUCAGUUGAAGAAUUUCAAUGUCUGAAUAGAAUAGAGGAAGGGACGUAUGGGGUUGUUUAUAGAGCGAGGGAUAAAACAACAGAAGAGAUUGUCGCUUUAAAACGACUUAAAAUGGAGAAGGAAAAGGAAGGAUUUCCCAUUACAUCUUUGAGGGAAAUCAACACAUUACUCAAGGGUCAACAUCCCAAUAUCGUGACAGUGAGAGAAAUCGUCGUCGGGUCUAACAUGGACAAGAUAUUCAUCGUUAUGGAUUACGUGGAGCAUGAUUUAAAAAGCCUCAUGGAGACGAUGAGGAAUAAGAAACAAGUGUUUCUACCAGGGGAAGUGAAAUGUCUCAUGACUCAGUUGUUGAAAGCUGUGCACCACCUUCACGAUAAUUGGAUUUUACACAGAGAUCUCAAAACUAGUAACCUGCUUCUUUCACACAAAGGCGUACUCAAGGUGGGAGACUUCGGUUUAGCGAGAGAGUAUGGGUCUCCACUUCGACAGUACACUCCGAUCGUAGUUACACUGUGGUAUCGAGCUCCCGAACUAUUGUUAUGUUCAAAGGAAUACUCUACGCCCAUAGACAUGUGGAGUGUUGGCUGUAUAUUUGCUGAGUUCAUCACAAUGAAUCCUCUGUUUCCCGGAAAAUCAGAAGUUGAUCAGCUUAAUAGAAUUUUUAAGGACCUAGGAACACCAUCUGAGUUAUUAUGGCCAGGCUAUAAAGAAUUGCCGGCUGUUCAAAAAAUGACCUUCGCAGAGCACCCGCCCGGAGGACUCAAGCAACGUGUUGGUGCAGAUUUGCUUUCUGAAGCAGGCCUCUCGCUUUUGCAAGGUUUCCUCACCUACAACCCUGCGAGACGCCUCACUGCUGAUGCAGCCCUUGAGCAUGCGUACUUUAAGGAGAAUCCAGUCGCUAUCGACCCCGCUAUGUUCCCCACUUGGCCUGCUAAGUCGGAGGGGAAUCGACGAACGACUCACAGCCCGAAGCCCCCGGCUGGCGGCGCUGCCUAUUCGCAGUUCGCGCGCGCUGACUCCGACGAGGCACUCGGAUUCCACGUACAAGCGCGUUCGCUCAACGUUGCGCCGGGAUUUUCACUUAAAUUCUAG